UGAACAUCAGCCUCUUUUACAAAGCGCUUACGCUGCUCCUCUCAGAGCGACGGGCGCUGAGCGGCGGCGUUGAUGCAAACGGAGCACAUCUGUUGCCUCCCUUCUGGACAGACCGUUCAGCUGAUGAAGGUCGAUAACAAGGAUGCCAUUAAUUUGUCCGUUCACCUGGCUCUCUCUCCGUCUUCUACCGCCUAACGUGGAUAAACCUUUGAAGAGUUUUUGUGAGUCUUUAGCCCUGUAAAACAUUGGCGUUGAUCACUGUGGAUGCAUGAGCUGUGCAGCAAAGGCAUUACAGAGCAGGAGAAGAAAAAAACGAGAUGAGCCCAACUGAAGAUUGGCAGGAGCUAUAUCCCCUCAACUUUUUGUCUCAGGGCCGCUAAACAUAAAAUACAUCUCUUUCCCAUUUCAAGUUGGGAAAAAUUCACAGGACUUCCAAAGUACCCCUCAGAGGGGUGAUGCCAGUGUUGCUUAAUGCCGACGCCUCUUUUAGCUCCAGGCAGGAGCUCCUGGACCUUCAGGACUGUCCCCUCAAUGGGGGCUGCUCUUUGGACACCCCUAGUCCUGUGGACUCCCAGACAGGCAGCCCUCUAGGGUCUGGUCCUAGAAGCCCCGGUGGGUCAGGAGCUGAUGACCUUGCUGGAGUCCUUAUUUUCACAAGGGCUUCGAUGCUGCCGGGGCAGUUAUAUGGAGAGAGCAGUCAGCCUGAUACAGAGGUUCCUUUGGGGUUGACUCUGAAACCCAAUGACUCUGAUCAACUCUGCGGCUGGGGGGCUCUGAAGCCUAACAUCAUCCAAGUGUUCAACACCCCUCGUUGGGUGCUGUUCUUUCUUUGUGUGGCCUCUUUUCUCCAGGGAAUGAUAGUCAACGGCUUGAUCAACACAGUGGUGACCUCCAUCGAGCGACGCUUUGACCUGCCCAGCUACCAGGCCGGUCUCAUUGCCAGCUCCUAUGACAUUGCUGCCUGUGUCUGCCUGGCCUUUGUCAGUUACUUCGGUGGUACUGGACACAAGCCCCGCUGGCUGGGAUGGGGCAUACUCAUAAUGGCGCUGGGUUCCUUGGUGUUCUCCUUGCCUCAUUUCAUUGCUCCUCCCUACUUGGUCAGUUUGCAGGAGCAAAUAGGAAUGUGUUCUGCCAACAGUACCAGCCAGUGCCAGAACAAGGAGGGAGGAGGACUGUCGAGUUAUCGUUUUGUGUUCAUGCUGGGACAGUUUCUGCACGGUAUCGGCGCCACCCCUCUGUACACGUUAGGGGUCACAUACCUGGAUGAGAAUGUCAGCUCCAACUACGGACCUGUUUACAUGGGGAUCUUCUACACAGCAGCUAUUGUGGGACCUGCUGCAGGCUACCUGCUGGGAGGUUACUUCCUCAACAUCUACACAGAGAUUUAUCUGGCAACAGAGAUGACUCCAGAAAACCCUCACUGGGUUGGGGCUUGGUGGAUUGGCUUCCUAGCAGGAGGAGCAGCUGCUUUACUGGUAGCUGUUCCCAUCCUUGGAUACCCACAACAACUGCCAGGCUCCCAAGAGCAUGUGGCGGGGCGAGUGUCUGAGGCCCACCAGCUGAAAGAUGGAAGCCACAAUACAGCCUCUGACCCUCAGUUUGGAAAAUCAGUCAGAGACAUGCCAAGGUCUGUGCUGCUUCUCUUGAAGAACCCGACUUUCCUCUUCCUGUGUUUGGCGGGAGCCACUGAGGCCACGCUCAUCGCAGGCAUGUCCACCUUCGGUCCAAAGUUCUUGGAGUCCCAGUUCAGUCUCAGUGCAUCUGAAGCUGCCACCUUGUUUGGAUACAUGGUGGUACCAGCAGGGGGCGGUGGCACUUUUUUAGGCGGCUACAUCGUGAAGAGGCUGAACUUGCGUUGUCGAGGCAUCAUACGCUUCUGCAUGAUGUGUGCUCUGGUCAGUCUGCUCGCCAUCUUCAUCUUCCUCGUCCACUGCCCCAAUGUGCCCAUGGCUGGGGUCACGGCCCCUUAUCAUUUGGGGCUGAUGGGGAGGGACCAACUGGACCACUACAAACAUCUGUAUGACAAACCCAAGAAACUGCGACUCAGAAACAGCUCUUCUCUGGACAUGAACCUCACUGUGAGUUGUAAUGCAGCUUGUAACUGUGCCAGAGAAGUGUACAACCCGGUGUGUGGAGCGGACGGGGUGAUGUAUUACUCGCCGUGCCACGCCGGUUGCACCUCCAUCAACCACACAGAACCGUCCACAGGCAGACAGGUGUACUCUGGGUGUGGCUGUGUGGUGGGGAACGUAUCGUGGGGUGAGGAGGGCUUCGCUCUGACAGGGAAGUGCAGCAGCUCCUGCCACCACAUGCCAGUCUUCCUCUCCUUGCUCUUCGUCAUCAUCUGUUUCACCUUUCUCUGUAGCAUCCCAGCUCUCACUGCCACUCUCAGGUGUGUUCCUGAUAGUCAGAGAUCGUUUGCUCUUGGCAUCCAGUGGAUAGUGGUGCGCACACUUGGCAGUAUUCCAGGACCAAUUGCAUUUGGCUCAGUGAUUGAUAUUUCCUGCUUAUUGUGGGAAGAUCAAUGUGGCGCUCAAGGCUCCUGCCACAUCUAUCACAACUCAGCCAUGAGUCAAUACACACUUGUCGCAGGAAUCAUCUUCAAGCUUUUGGGUACCAUCUUUUUCCUCAUUGCCAGCGUUCUCUACCAGCCGCCUCCAGAGUCUCCUCAAACCAGCUGCGAGAGCACAGAGCAGGGAACAGAGCACACAAGUGACCUGCCAAUCAAAGAUCUGCCAGAAGAUGGCGUCAUUAUCAACCUGCAUGCCAGGUUAUGACAUCUUAGACCCUCCAUUCCAAAUACAGAGUUUCUGUUUGUGUAUUUCAAAAAAAUACCCAGGAUGCCUUCAUGCACAAAUGCACAUAACAUACACCCAGACAGGGUGUGUAGCACUUCUAACAUGCUGCUCUUGAAGAAUGAAAUCGUGCUUGGACUGCAUGUGUUUAUGACAUGUAUGUAUGAUUGACUCAGAAAAAGCCUCACAAAGUUAUUUCUCUGAGCUUUUCAUCUCUAAAAAUAACUCAGAUCUGAUGAGUUAAAUGACUUCAAGUCCGGCUGCGAUGGUGUGUGUAUCAUCUUAACACCAUCUGUCAAAGAUCGAUUAGACUCUUCACAGAAACAUUUUAUGCUUUUGGAAGAGUAGAAAAGGAAUCUCCUAUGUGUUGUUUUACAGCGACUGACUGGAAGAUAUGAUCGGUUUUCUAAGAACAGUUAAAGCCAUGUUCAAGAUGCUGCAAGAAACAUUAAGGCCAGUGAAUAUGUAGUCAAACAUUCUUCUUAUCAUAAGAAGUAAAGCAGAGCAUCCUUACGCCAGAGAAAGUAUUGAACCGCUAUUGUGCUUUCAACACUUUAAUGCAACAUUCAUAUUCUUACCAUUUUAUUGGUUAGCUUACACGAUACAUCCCUUUUUGAAGGCUGCUAGAUAUUUUUCCUAAAACAAACAAAAAACAUUAGAGUGUUUUUAGAAAGUUUGCACAUUUGGAUAUUAACAUCUGAUUCCAGUCUUCCUGACAGAUUCUGCCUCACUCUGAUUGAGUUGGGUGGUAACAUAAGAUUCAUUCUUACGCCAGAGAAAAUUAUUGAUCUGUUAUGUUUAACUCUGAACUUUUAAUGGACUCUUACAGCUCAGGGGCCUUGUCUCCAACUUUCUCUUGAGUGUACACUCUGUUGAGGGAGCAACACAAAGGAGAUGACAUCACUCCGUCUCUGUCCAUCUCCUGUUGAGCUUAGAGCAUCAUUGACUCGCCUUUCUUGUGGCACAUUAAUGGCAAAAUGCUCAUGGAAAAUCUUGAGCUCAUACAUAGAUGUAAACCUUCACACACGGGCUUGUGACAUGACACAAGAAAGAUAAUAAUGUUCAACUUUUCUGGCAGUCGCCGCUACUGUGUCCUGUGUGUUGGGUUUUGCCACGAGUGGCGGAAAAGUUUGUCUUUCACUGUUGUUCGUCAUCCCUCGUGUGUCGAGCCAUUACAUUGUCUCUUGUCCCCUUUUAUAGUCGUAGUCUGAAGUAGUUUAGCUUCAAGAAUUUUCACAAAUGAUUAUGACAAUUCUGCCCUCUGCUAUGAAAUCUGUGUCCCAAAGGAACCCCAGAGCAAACAUCUACCAUUAGCUUGCUUCAUUCUUGGGAUGAUAAUUGCAGGGGAAAUUUGUUGGAUAGGAUCCAUCAGCAGCUAUUUGGAUGUGUUGUUGGUGCAAAUCAAAUAUCUGACCUUUCAAUGCUCUUAGGAUGCCUUCAGGGAGAACAGAAAAUUUCAAGGAUGUGUUAAUUCAACUAGACUGUGGAUAGUCUCUCUUAGUGAGAGCUCCCACAGUCUCUAAAAGGGAUUAAAACAGUUUGCUCCUCAUUGUGCAUGGUAGAGUCAGAGUGUUUUCUAAAGGUAUAAAACAUUUGAAUCAAAGGAGCCGAGUCGCAGAGCAUAAAAACAGCUGUGGGAGUUCUGCCAUGGUGGUCUCAGUCAGACUCCAACCUCAUCACAAUGGCAGUGUUAUCACAUUAUCUCCCAGCACUUCGCUUAAUGCUCACAGCACCGUUCUACAAAGUCUCUGCUAUUGUGAAGUGAUACAGUUGUAUCAGUGGCAUGAAUGACUUCACUUAAGGACAUUUUCCAAAUUUGCCUUGAUCAAGCCACAUUCUAAUGGGUUGUGUUGUUCUUGGAGAGCACGGCCGGGUCUUCUGGAAAUCUCCAAACAGGCUGCCAUGUGCCUUUUUAUUCAGUGUGACUUCAGUCAAACGUUUGUACCGGUCAGUCACUCACAAGAAAUUCGGCUUGUGUAGUUGUGAGCGUUUUUCUUUUUCAGUCUUUGCACUUGCACCUUUGGAAAUAUUGCUUGCAUUAUUAUGAAGAGAAGAGAAUUUGGAUGUGAUGUCUUGCUUAUUUGUCCUGACAGGCUGUAGGGUUUCAGAAUCUAUCCCUCCAUGUCAAGCUUUGAGUUUCUUUUCUUUGGAUAAUUUGUGAAAUCUGGUCAAAAGGUCUGUCUUUCAAUAGCAAAUAAAUGAUGAUGUGCACAUCGACUAUCAUCACAGAUGAAUAGCACAAGCAAAUGCAUUUUCACCUUGAGAAGCACAUGAAUACUUUUGAAAGCAACAGUACAAGAGAUUUUGGACUCAAAGGUAGUGAUACUUUGGCUUCUGCUGAUGCAGAAUCAUGACGCCUGUCAUUCAUCAAUGACAUAAAAGUGAACAUGACUGUUCAGACUGCAGAUGCUUUGAAAACAAUCGGGUUCUAAUCCGAUUUAGUUCCACAUGGGGAGAGGCACAAGUAGAUCUUUUUCAAAAAGUCGGAUGAAAGUCGCACUGGGCAAAACAAGCGGAUUCGAUCACAUUUACCAGUUGUGUGAACUUAACCUAUGUUGCUCUAUUUAGCAGCUGACAAUGGUCGUUAGUGCAAUCUUAUUUUAAAGAGAUUGUACAACUGUGUGUAGAGAAAUACCAACAGCAAAACGGUGGAUUUAAACAAGAAAUUCAACCAAAUACUAGUCAAACUUCACCAGAGGUUCAUGAAUUAGGAUCAAACAUCAAAUUGAUAUUUUGUAACAAUAGCUUAUGUUAUACAUUAUAUGUGAUUUAAACAACAUGACUCAAAACACAUAUGGAUAGCCUUGCCAAGGCUGGAUGGAAAUACCUAAAUAUCCCAAAGUUUUAUUCUUCAGGCUAUAAACAUUUGGAAUCGCCCGCCGCCUGAAUAUCUUUGCAUAAUACUUUGAAUUUAAGCGCUCUGUAUGUGUUUAUGUUAGAUAUGGGAUGUUAAUGCCACGCCUCUGGAUGAAAGGUGGGAACUUCCUGUGAAUAAUUUAAUUUGACAAUGUCCCACUAGAUGGCACUCUUUAUCCUAUAAUGUUUCUUUGAUGGAUCUGAAUACAAUGGCACAUGAAUGUCUGGGCUGAAGAGAAUAAACCCAAAAUCUAGCAUGUAUAGUAACAUGCUGGCCGAUGUUAUGUCAAAUAAAAUGCACAUGUAUUUUUUUAAAUGUUAUCUACAAUUGAUUUACUUUCAGGAAAAUGUAUUUAUUUAGACGUAGGAGCUAAAAGGUUAUGAAGAAACAUGUACGGAAUUUUUUUAGAGAUUUUUUAUGGGCAACAAAUGAAAUAAAAAUAAAAUAUUUUCUGAACCCAAAUUAGUACAAAUUUUGAUUCCUAUGACUUUCUAAAUAACUGUGUUUAGCAAAACAUAAGACAAUAUCUGAUAAAAGAAAAUCACAGUAAACCCCAGCUUGGACAUUCAGCACAAUUCUGUAAGUUAUCUGCAGCAAACUGCACUUCAGUACCUGACCCUAAAUGGAACGAUGGGAUUUUGCGUCAGUGUUUGGCUGUUUAGUUAUUUAGUAUGACACAGCCUUUCUCAUUUAAAAACUCAAAGGGAUUCCUCUUCAGUAGUAGUUUCAGUGAAACCAAAGUCAAUCAAAUAUAAUACCCGAACCCAGGCAGAUAGACACAUGAAAAUCCAGUCUGAGUAAUCCCAAGACAUCCAUCUUUUAUUUCAUAAGGGAAAUUGUUUUGUGUGGGCCCUGAUCUUGACUGAAUGAUGUUAGACCUGAAAGAGAUGGGGCACAUUGGUAACAUACAAUUAAUUCUACAGUGCAUUUUGCGUUUGGACCUAAUUAUUUCAGUACUGUAACUCUCCAAUCGUGCCAAAGCAGCUUUGCAAAUUGACUGUUGUGCUUUAUUUUGUAUCAACAUAUUUAUGCAAAUAAUUUAUUUAUGAUAUCUUGCACUUAAAUUUUUAAACCAGCUGUGUAAUUUCAAAAGUCCUGGUAAUCUUUGCUGUCAUUCUCCUGUUUGUGACCCACUGUGCGGAUCUGUGUCGUUAUUGUGUUCUCUCCUCGUGUUAUGAGUGACCUUGACACCCUUCAACGGAUGGCGGACAAUUAUUUUCACCUAUAUCUGUAAAUCACUUUACUUGUGCUUUUCUCUGUCUCCUAGCUCAGAAAAUCAAAUGUAUAAAACCAUUUUGUUCAACUGCAUAUUUAUUUGUUUUUGUGGAGUAUGUUGAUUUUAAUGGAAGCUGUGAAAAUGUUUUUUUCUUAUUGAACGACUCAAAAAUGUGAAAUGUUUUUAUAAUUACAACAUUUGAACA